ACCAGAUCAUUGGCCCCCCCUCCCCAACCCCAACCUCCUCGGAUCCUAAAAAGCAAGCACAAGAAUCGCCAUCAUCCUCAAAAUCACCAAAAAUCCAGGGGUUUCGAUUUCGAUUUCGCUGACCCUUUGAGAUUCCGAGCCCCACCCAUCGAUCCAGCGAGCGAGGGAGGCCAUGAAGAUCACAGCUUUACUGGUGCUGAAGAUCAACCCGGACGGGUCCGACCCGGUCAUCCUCGCCAACGCCUGCGACGUCAGCCAUUUCGGCUACUUCCAGCGCUCCAGCGUCAAGGAAUUCAUCGUCUUCGUGGGUCGGACCGUCGCUAAGCGCACCCCUCCCGGUCAGCGGCAGUCCGUCCAACAUGAAGAGUACAAAGUGCACUCGUACAAUAGAAAUGGACUCUGCUCUUUGGGUUUCAUGGACGAUCACUAUCCGGUCCGAAGUGCAUUUUCGCUUCUAAACCAGGUGCUGGAUGAGUAUCAGAAAAGUUUUGGUGAUUCUUGGCGAAGUGUGAGUGCUGAUGGCGCUCAACCAUGGCCCUAUCUAAAUGAAGCUCUUACCAAGUUUCAGGAUCCUGCAGAAGCUGAUAAGUUGUUGAAAAUUCAGAGGGAGUUGGAUGAAACAAAAAUUAUACUUCACAAAACUAUUGAUAGCGUGCUUGCCCGUGGUGAGAAGCUGGAUAGUCUUGUUGAAAAGAGUUCAGAUCUGAGUGCAGCAUCACAGAUGUUUUACAAGCAGGCGAAGAAAACCAACCAGUGUUGUACCAUCCUGUAAGGUUUAUCUUGUAAUGACGAAAAUACCUUGUUCCUGAUGGAUGAAAGAGUAGUGAUUCUUAAAAUGUCCAUAUAUCAUUUAUCAAUUGUUUACAUGGUGGAAACUCUGUGGAUUUUCACUCUCUAAGAUUCUGUCGCACUCUCAAGUAAUGUCAGCAAUGUUAUUGAACGUACAGUCUUAUUAUCUA